CAGGAUCUUCAAGGAUACGCUGCAAUCAUGCGACAAUGCAGCAUUGAAUAUCACUACGAGAGUUACGAUGCAAGCUAUUGCUUUUUGUCUGAGCAUUGCCAGAAUGACCAGGUGGCGCUCAACACCAGCAUCAGGGAGGCAGAAGCCAUGUGUGAUGAACAAUUUCCCGGACCUCAGGGAUGGCGAAGCGUUGCUUUGGACUUCCCGGUGCCCAGUUCUUCCAGCAUCGCUUCUGGAACUUGGACCAUUGCUGAUGCGCAUCAGAUCGAGCUCUUGGCAUGUGCAACAGGCUCAUACCACUGUGACAUCAUCUAUUGUCGUGAGACAUAUUGCCAAAUGGACUUCUACAAGGAGAAGUACAAGGACUUCGCACUUUAGUCCCUCUUUAGGACAUGCUUUAGGGCUGCGAUUUUGCCAUGUAAAGGUCCGGUCGGUGCUGUUGUGAAGUUGUGCAGUAUUGCAGUCACGUUGUCCUUUCGUGCACGCAAUCCGCAAACCCCGUGAUGUCGUUCUGGCGAUGCCAACAGCGCAGACAGCGCAGAAAAGGGUUUCCGAUCUUAAAAGAACCUUGACUUGAAGCUGAUUAGGCAUGUUACCUUUCGUGGAGAUCAAUUUCUGCAAUCUCCAGAUUUGUCGGUUUGACAUUGUUUGACUCGGAAUUGAUAUGGACAGGGUAUCACUUUGGCCCAAGCUUACUGGAAGCAAUGGAACUGAACCUCUCCUUGCAAUGAGACUUUGUCGACCUUUUUGUUUGCUCGUAAGCCUACUCGUUACUCUUUCGAAAGGCUUGAAAUUGCUGGAGGUCGGAGCUCCCAGAACUGGGACACAGUCGAUUCACGCAGCCCUUGAAAUCCUGGGGUUGAAAAGUUUGCACAGCGGACACAAUCAGUCUUUACGAAUACCAGUGUGCAAAUACUUGUUCGGAAAUGGCUCUCUUGCUGAUGCUUUAUCUGUCUUGGAUGGCUACGAUGCCGCCAUGGACGAACCUUUCAUGUUGAUCUAUGAGGAGGUCAUGGCGCAAAUUCCAGAGGCCAAAUUCCUUCUGACGAUCAGUAAUCCUGAGAGCUGGUAUAGUAACUAUGUCGAUCUUGUUCAAACCGAUGGGGGCGGGUGGUGGUUCGAUUUGAUUCCUUCAUAUUUGCAGAAGUGCUUUGAUAUGGCAUCCUGGAACUGCUCCUUUACCCAGCCCAGUGAGGACACGAAAAAGCAAUGCUUAGAGAACUAUGCAGCACACAAUGCACGCGUUCAGCAGAUCAUUCCGCCUGACCGUUUGCUGGUGUUCAAUUUCUCAGACGGAUGGAGCUCGUUGUCACACUUUCUACAGCUUCAAAUUCCGAAUGUCGACGAGUUUCCUUAUGUCGACGAGGCCUCUGAAAAGAUCCAUUCGCGGGCGGCCCUUGGAGAGGCCAUUCUUCAAGCUGUGUCGGCAUGAGGGGAGACGAACCGUAAUUCGAUGACGGUGAUAGUUCUCGAGUUGCCCUAAGUUGUGCUGGUCCAAAAGCGUUCGGCAUCACGAAAAAGGAGCGGCCGCAGAACGGUUUUAAGGACAGGAUUACAAGAGCCGUGUUUGACCUGCUAGAGCUGGAGUUGUGUCGAAUAAAGGCUUCAAGCAAAGAAAUCUGUCUCGACGGAG